AUGGAUCCGAGCGGCGCCGCCACGGGCCAAUCGACCCGGGACGCCCACGCCCACCUCUCCGCCUACUUCCUGGACGCGAUGCGCCUCGGCGAGCCCUCGCCGCCGGAGCGACAGAGGCACGCGGCGCAGGCCCCGCCCCCGCCGCCGUCGCGAGGGCAGCAGCCGGACCAGAGCUACGUGGCGGUGUUCGCGGAGAUGGCCUCGCCGCCCCCGGCGCCCCAGCCCAAGAUGAGCCCGAUGAGCAAGAUGAUGCAAGAACUCGAGAUCACGCGGCAGUUCUGGCCGCCCUCCAAGCCCUACGCCUCGCUGGCCCGUUCGUCGUCGAACCGCGAUGCGUACGCCUCGCAGAUCGGUGGCGCGGCGUUCACCAAGAACACCACGCAGAGCGGCCCUCAGCGCCAAUCGGGCCCCUCGCCGCCGCCGCAGCAGCCUCUGAGAGCCAGCGCCAGGCAGUACCAACCAGGGCCAGCCGCGGCGGCGCUGACGGUGAGCCCGUACCACCAGCCUUACUACGCCAGCCAGUACCAAGCAGACCCAGUCGCCGCGCCGCUGACGGCGAGCCAGUACCACCAGCCUUACUACGCCAGCCAGUACCAAGCACAGCAAAUCGCCGCGCCGCCGACGGCGAGCCAGUACCACCAGCCUUACUACGCCAGCCAGUACCAAGCAGACCCAGCCGCCGCGCCGCAGACGGCGAGCCAGUACCACCAGCCUUACUACGCCAGCCAGUACCAACCAGAGCCAACCGCGGCGCCGCUGGCGGCGAGCCAGUACGAGCCUUACGCCAUCGUGCCCCACCAGCCGGAGUACGGCAGCAGCUUCCACCAGAGAAUGCGGGCGAUCCAGGCCGCCCAGGCUCAGGCGACGCCGUCGAGGGCGCGGCGGUGCCGGACGCUGGAGGAGACCCGGGCGGCGCUGCUCAGCGGCGCCCCGAUGGAGCUGCAGCUGGUGACGUUCCCCGACUCGGCCGCGCACGUCAUCUACCUCCUCCUCCACAGGGACGGGGAGGGCUAUGAGCAGGUCCUAAGGAGCGUGCUCGCCGGGGUGACGCGCGGCGUGCACGACUUCAUCGACAACAAGGAGGGGCACAAGGUGCUGGUGGAGCUGCUGGGCGCCUGCGCCGGCCGGCGGGACGAGGUCGAGGCCAUCGUCCAGGCCGCCCUGGCGCCAGGCGCCAACGGGACGCGCUACCCACUGCUGCGAUCUACCAAGCACGAUUGCUGGUAA